CCCUUUUCUUGCCCACAACUUUCUGUUACAUUUUUUGUGUCUCAAAAUUCAUACAUACAAAAAACAAAUUCCUGAAAUUCAUAAUCAAAAAUCAAAGAUGCUGACUCCAUUGGUUUCUGAAAUUCCAAGAUUAGAAAACCAAAAUGAACAGAGCAAAACAGAGCAACAUACUCUGUUUUUGGCCAUUUCUGAAACAAAAUCCAUGGCCAAUAUUGCACUUCCCAUGAUUUUCAUAGGCUUACUUCUCUACUCUCGUUCAAUGAUCUCAAUGCUAUUUCUUGGUCGUUUAGGGGAACUUUCUUUAGCUGGUGGCUCGCUUGCGAUUGGUUUUGCAAAUAUAACCGGUUAUUCAAUCCUUUCUGGUUUAGCCAUGGGAAUGGAACCAAUUUGUGGACAAGCAUUUGGUGCUAAAAGGUUCAAGAUUCUUGGCCUUAGUUUACAAAGGACAAUUCUUCUUCUUCUUUUGGUAUCAAUUCCCAUUUCAUUCUUGUGGUGUAAUAUGAAACAAAUCUUGGUAUUUUGUGGCCAAGAUCAUGAUAUAGCCACACAAGCACAAAGUUACAUUAUUUACUCGAUUCCUGAUCUUUUUGCUCUCUCGUUUUUACAUCCGUUGAGGAUUUAUCUUCGUUCUCAAUCGAUAAUAAUGCCUCUAACGUAUUGUGCUGCCCUCGCGAUUCUUGUUCAUAUUCCAAUCAACUAUUUUCUUGUUAUAGUCCUUAAUCUUGGUAUUAAGGGUGUUGCUUUAAGUGGGGUUUGGACAAAUUUCAAUCUUGUGGGGUCAUUAAUUGCGUACAUUAUAGUGUCAGGGGUACAUAAGAAAACAUGGAGCGCCAUUUCUAAAGAGUGUUUUAAAGGGUGGAAAACACUUUUAAAUUUAGCCAUUCCAAGUUGUAUUAGUGUUUGUUUAGAAUGGUGGUGGUAUGAAAUUAUGAUUUUGUUGUGUGGAUUAUUGUUAAAUCCUAAGGCAAAUGUUGCAUCAAUGGGAAUUUUGAUUCAAACAACAUCUUUGAUAUACAUUUUCCCUUCUUCUUUGAGUGUUGGUGUAUCAACAAGAGUUGGAAAUGAACUUGGAGCUAAUAGGCCUAAUCAAGCAAAAUUAGCUGCAAUUAUUGGACUAUGCUAUAGUUUCAUUUUUGGACUAUUGGCAUUGUCAUUUGCUAUACUAGUGAGGAAUAUUUGGGCAAGUAUGUACACUCAAGAUCAAGAAAUUAUCGCGUUAACGUCGAUAAUUUUGCCUAUAAUUGGAUUAUGUGAGCUUGGAAAUUGUCCACAAACAACAGGUUGUGGUGUAUUAAGAGGAACAGCUAGACCUAAAUUGGGUGCUAAUAUUAAUCUUGGUUGUUUUUAUCUUGUUGGAAUGCCAGUGGCUAUUUAUUUAGGAUUUUUUCGAGGUUACGAUUUUAAGGGACUUUGGAUUGGAUUAUUAGCUGCUCAAGCUUCAUGUGCAGUGACAAUGUUGUUGAUUAUUUUGGCAAGAACAAAUUGGGAAGAUCAAGCUAAAAGAGCAAAAGAGUUAACUGCAAAUAUACAAGGAGAUUUUGGUGAAGAAAAUGAAGAGGAAGAGAAGUUUAUUAUUGAUGAAGAAACUGCAGAAUGUUCUUUUGAUUCAUCAGAGUAUUAUCAGAAGCUUGAUGGAAGUUUAAAUGUUUGAUUUUUCUAAUUUGAUCAAUUCUUGGAUUAUUCUUUCAUCUUUUUUUAUUAUUAUUUUGU